GGGUUGAGCUCAGCCUGAAUCAUGUCUGCAGUCAGGACUGUGCUGCUGCUCUGGGUCUUUGUAGGUGCGAUUGUCAGUACUUAUGGCGCUUUGGUUAUCUCUAGGGACACUGAGGUUCAGGACAAUCCUGACAGGACAAGACAUAUCAAGAAACGCAGUGUCAGUGAUGUAGAGAUUGAAGUGCAGAGUGUGAGGGUCGACUGCAAGGUUGCGUCCCGUUUUGCUCAUACAGUCAUGACUACCAAAGCUCUGAACAAGGGCAACUCAUCGAAGGAAAUAUUCUUUGAGGUGGACCUGCCAAAGACGGCUUUCAUCACCAACUUCAGCAUGGAGAUAGACGGAGAGACAUAUGUGGGUGAGAUAAAGGAGAAGGAGAAGGCCAAGAAGCAGUAUGAAAAGGCUGUGUCAUCAGGACAGACUGCUGGACUCAUCAAAGCAUCAGGCAGAAAGAUGGAGAAAUUCUCAGUUUCAGUGAACAUUGCAGCCUACAGUAAUGUCACAUUCACACUGUCAUAUGAGGAGUUGCUGAAGCGUCGGUUGGGCAACUAUGAGAUAACGACCCGGGUCAAACCCAAACAGUUAGUACAGAAUUUUGAGAUUGUGGCAGACAUCUACGAGCCUCAAGGAAUUGCCUUCCUGGAUGCCAAUGCGACAUUUAUCACCAAUGAGCUACUUCCCCUGGUGGAGAAAACUGUCACUGACAAAACGGCUCAUGUUUCCUUCAGUCCAACACUGGACCAGCAGAGGAAAUGCCCUGACUGUGACGGUACGCUGAUCGAUGGGGACUUCUUCAUAAAGUAUGAUGUGAACCGUGAUGAUAGCAUUGGGGACAUUCAGAUAGUUAAUGGCUACUUUGUGCAUUAUUUUGCACCUGCCGACUUGCCCCGAGUUCCCAAGAAUGUUGUGUUUGUGAUAGACAUCAGUGGAUCCAUGAGUGGGCAUAAAAUGGAACAGACAAAAGAAGCUUUGUUGACCAUCCUGAGUGACCUGAAUGAAGAUGACUACUUCGGACUGGUUCUGUUUGAUGAUGAAAUUGAACCAUGGAGGCCAUCUCUGACCAAGGCUACGGAAGACUAUGUGGCAACAGCAAAGGAAUUUGUCAAAACUAUUGAGGACAGAGGCAGUACAAACAUCAAUGAUGCAGUUCUCAAGGCAGUGGAGAUGCUUAUGACAGACAAGCAACAGAACCUGCUGCCAGAGAAUAGUGUAUCUAUGGUCAUCCUACUUACAGAUGGACAACCCACUUCUGGAGAGACAGACACAGAGGUAAUCCAGGAGAACGUCCAAGCUUCCAUUGACGGGAAUGUGACCCUGUUCUGCCUUGGCUUUGGCUAUGACCUGGACUAUGGCUUUUUGGAUACCAUGGCAAAGCAGAACGAUGGACUGGCCCGCAGAAUCUAUGAGGCAUCAGAUGCUGUAGUGCAGCUGCAGGGAUUUUAUGAGGAGGUGGCCAGUCCCCUUCUCUCUGAUGUGCUCUUCAGAUACCCUGAAGACGCGGUGCACUCUCUGACCAACAGCCACUUUAAGCAGCUCUUCAAUGGCUCUGAGAUUGUGGUGGCUGGACAACUGAUUGAAAAUGACAUGGAAAACUUCCUCAUAGAAGUCUCGGGACAUGGGGUGGACGAGUAUGUGAUCCAGGGCCAGAGCUCUGCCCAAGAGUGGGACAUCAUGUUCCCAGAACAAGAGUACAUCUUUGGGGAGUUCACAGAGCGCCUGUGGGCCUACCUCACUAUCGAACAGCUCCUGGAUAGGAAAGAUAAAGGCUCACCUGAAGAAAGGGCCAAUGCUACUGCAGAGGCUCUGGACCUUUCCCUCAAGUACAACUUUGUCACUCCCCUCACAUCCAUGGUGGUCACAAAACCAGAGAAUGAGGAGAAUCCAGAUGAUGUACUCAUUGCAGACAAACUCACUGAAGAACAGAGAACUGGCCCUCAGGCUCAAGGCUUCCAUCCACCAGCUCAGUAUGCCAACUACAGACUAGCCUCGGCCCCCCGAGGACCGCCCGCCUAUUUUGAUGCAUCUAGUCCUCUUGUGGAUGGAGACCCUCAUUUCAUCAUUGAGUUGCCAGAGAAAAAUGAUGCACUGUGUUUUAACAUCGAUGACGAACCAGGCACUGUCCUUACCCUCGUGAGAGAUCCUGAGCUUGGUAUUGUGGUGAAUGGCGAAACCAUCGGGGACAAGAAGGUUGACCCUGGGAGCAAAGUGAACACAUACUUUGGUCGUUUCGGUAUCGUUCACCAGAACUUAGGCAUCAGACUGGUGGUGAGCACCAAGGAGAUAUCUGUGACCCAGGACAGCAGAAUGCUCAAGCUACAGUGGUCCCACACAGCUUCUGUUAAAGGGGCAAACAUGGACCUGCAGGUUACGAAAGAUCACAGUCUGACCGUCACUCUGAAGGACUCUGUGAAGUUUGUCAUCAUUUUGCAUAAGGUGUGGAAGAAGCACCCAUACCACCAGGACUACUUGGGGUUCUACACCAUAGACGGCCACCUGCUCUCCCCCAGUGUCCACGGUCUGCUGGGCCAGUUUUAUCAUGGUGUGCAAUUUGAGGUGAGUGACACCUACCCAGGGAAGGACCAAGACAAACCUGAUGCUUCAAUGUUCAUUAAGGGGAAGAAACUAACCGUGACCAGAGGCUGGCAGAGAGACUUCCGGAAGGACGUGAAGAACGGAGAGAAAGUGCCCUGCUGGUUUAUACACAACAAUGGAACUGGACUCAUCGAUGGGAGCCCUGAAGACUAUGUGGUGUCCAGCCUGAUCUAGCUCUGUAAAAAUCAUCUAUAUAAUGGCCUAGCACUCAUAUCCAAAAUACAUGAAACAUGAAACACAAUAAUUUGUCUCUUGAAGGCAAUGUUCUAAAUCUGACUGAAUAUUUGAAUGAAGUGCAUAGUAUUUACUGUAAUAUGAAAAGACGAAAAACAUAUUUAUGUAUAAAAAAAAAAGUAAAUGAUUUCUCAUGUGCUGAAAUGCCUUACACAUUGUCACUCCUAUUUAAUAAUUACUGUACAACUUAUAUAUAAUUUAAUGGUCCAUAUUUUUGCAUCAGGUUUUGUGAUCAUUCAUAGGAAGACUUUAGUAACAGCAAUAGCUAAGGCUACAAUAUUACAAUUACAACAUCUUACAAGCUUGGAGUUCAGUGUUGACAUCCACACAAAUUCUAUUUUAUUCAGAAUGCAAAAGAUGUUCUACUGUACCCUUAAUCCCCCACAUAAAUACAUCUUCCUUAAGUCCUCUGUUUGGAGGAAUGCUGCAUUUCUUUCAUUUAAUGUCAUUGUACCUCUGUGGCCA